AUGGAUAUGAACCAUUUGAUAGGUCAGCGUUUCAACCUGAUCUCAAAGAGCGAUAUUCGCUAUGUUGGCACACUUCACGAAAUCAACCCUGAAGCCUCCACAAUAGCCCUCGAGAAUGUUCAAUCAUUUGGCACUGAGGGUCGUCGGGGAAACCCCGCCGAGGAGGUCGCUCCUUCGACUAGUGUCUAUGAAUACAUCGUUUUCCGUGGAAGUGAUGUGAAAGACAUUAGUGUCGCCGGCGAGGAAAAGCAGGAGAACACACAGCCCGAACCCCCUCGGGUUCCGGAUGACCCCGCCAUUCUGGGACAGAAUGCGUCACGACCUGCUCCUGGGCAAGGUCCCGAGGCCGGAUCUAGUGCUCCUGGCCUCCCCCCUCAACAGCCCCAGGGUGCUCAGCAGCCGCCUCCUGGCUACCCCCAGCAGCCGCAGUUCCAGCAAGGUUUCUACCCGCCCUAUGGACAGCGCUUUCCUCCGCCCCCUUUCCCUCCAGGGCCGGGUGGCUACCCCAAUAUGCCAUAUGGGGCGCCGCCAGGCUGGUAUCCUCCACCUGGCCCCGGUUUCCCGCAGGGGCCGGGCCAGUUCCCUCCCCAGAUGCCCAUGGGUGGCCCCGGACAGCAGCCGCCGCCGCCCCAGCAGAGGCCCGAAAAGAUCCCCAGCAAGCCUGUAACACCGGCAGCUCAGAAUGCCCCGCCUCCUCCGGUCGAGUCGAAGCCUUCCGUCGCCGAAGCUGUCCAGGGCUCGACUGGCCCUAAGGCUGCUCCAGGAUAUGGUGCCGCUCAACGGAAUGGUCGGGCUAUGCCAGCUAUACCUAUUGCUGCACCGAAGCCUGUUGUCCCGAUGCCUACUGCUCCUGCUGCCGCCUCACAAGGUGCUCUAGCGACUGAUGCUACAACUGCUGCCGCAAAUGCAGUUGCUGCUGCCAUGGCCAAGCUUCCCCAACCUGGUGCACAAAUGAACCCAGGCCAGCCUGGCGCCUCCGUUGAUGCUGUCACUCGUAAGAUGAAUGAGAUGCGGCCUUAUGAUGGCACACAGGCCCCACGAGGUGGCCAUCAGUACCCCCGAGGUGGCCGUGGAGGUGCUCGCACCCAGCACAAGAAGAUCGAAAUCCCCAAGUCGGAUUACGACUUCGAAACUGCCAACGCCAAGUUCAACAAGCAGGACCUGGUGAAGGAGGCCAUUGCUACCGGAUCUCCUGCCGCUGAAGCCGAAUCCCACGAAUUCCACGAACAGGAGGUCGAUGACAGUGCCACGCACCACCAAUACAACCGCACAUCUUCCUUCUUCGACAACAUCUCAAGCGAAGCUCGCGACCGCGAGGAAAACUCUGCUGGCCGUAUCGGUGGUCGCGAAUGGCGCGGCGAAGAAGAGAAGCGUAAUAUCGAGACCUUCGGACAGGGCAGCGUUGAUGGCUAUGGGCGCGGUCGCGGACGCGGCCGUGGCCGUGGUUUUGGACGUGGGCGUGGCUACCGAGGCGGCUACGGUGGUCGUGGCCGUGGUGGCAUGCGUGGCGGCCGUGCCCCCUCGCAGUCAACUGGUAUUCCCUCCCAGGUUUAA